UUUCCCCAACUCACUCUUGGGAUUUCUUGAACCAAUCCAGAGCAGCGUGCCACCAACUCUCUGCUCUAUAGCUUUCAACUCCAACUAUGAGAAGCACUUGACCAUCAAUCCCCCAAGUGCUUCAAAUCCACACCGCUAUCAAUAUCUCCAAAUACUCUCUGCUCUUGUUUCUUUCUUCUAUUCCUCUCUUUCACUUUCUCCCAUAAUUCAGUCUUGGAAGUUUCUUUGCAUUGUGCCUCUCUGUUUCUCUGUCAAUCAGUCUUUUAGCGGUUACUUAUAGCCCAAAUCCAAGAACCCAAGUUUGAUAACCGCUUACUCACCUCUUUUUGGCUAAAUGGAGUCUGAAAAUGGGGUUACUUUGGGGGAUGAGAAAUGUGCUGUUGUGGAAAAACAUGUUGAAGAAUCAGUACCGGAUUUCAACAUCGAAGGAAAAAAAAUUGAUGCUCAGACAGAAGUUCCUACCAUAAAUGGAGUAUCUGAAUCUGUAACCACCGAAGAUGAAGGCAUUAACUCUUCAGGAGGUGUAGCUGAAGUUGCUGCUACUGUUCCACCUGGUAAAAAUUCAAAAACAAAGAAGGAUCCUCAUGCUCCAAACAAUGGUGUUUCAAAGGGAAAGUUGGCCAAGGAUAAACCCAAUUUGAAAGGUGCAACUCCAGUUUCUCGUAUACAGAGGUCAAUACUUUCUCAGAGUCUUUCGUUCCCAGCAAGGGGAGCUCGUGUUGAUGCUAUGAAGAAGAGCAUUGAUGUGUACCCAGUGAAAACAGAAGUCAAACACACUCGUGGCAAUGCAACCAAAGCUGAGGCCCCUUUUCCAUCUUCUCGUUCGAAUAAUCUAAAUAGGCGUGCAUCCACAGGAAUACAGUCGAAUGAUGAGAACAAAGUAGGUGGAGCUUCGGCAGUUAGAAGGACUACUUUGGCAUCAAUACCUAGCAUGAGAUCCUCUGCAGCCGGAAAAUCUGGUUCUGUGAAUAAACCUGCUAAUAGUUCAUCUGAUGUGACACAAUCAGUUGGGCAGAGCUUAAGUGCAGUAAAAACAACCCUGCUAAUCAAAGAGGACGACGAUGCUCAUUCCAUUGCUUCAAGCACUACACCUGGUGGGCGAAGGAGCAGUGGUUCUGGAUUUUCCUUCAGGUUGGAUGAACGUGCUGAAAAAAGAAAGGAGUUCUUUACAAAGCUAGAAGAAAAGAUACAGGCUAAAGAAGCAGAAAAGAAUAAUUCCCAAGCAAAAUCAAAGGAAAACCAGGAAGCAGAGAUCAAGCAACUGAGGAAGAGCCUGACAUUUAGGGCAGCUCCUAUGCCAAGUUUCUAUAAAGAGCCUCCUCCAAAAAUUGAAAUAAAGAAGAUACCAACCACACGUCCGAUAUCUCCAAAGCUCGGAAGGCACAAGAACUCCAUUCCUUCACCGAACAGCCCUUCAGAAGAUGGCGGGAUGUGCCUUAGCCCACGUCUUGCUCGAGAACGGAACAAGUCAAUCAAAGGGUUAAAGGAGAAAGGCGAAAAGGAUGUCAGUCAUGUCACAGAACCAAAGAAGCCUAUUAGGAAGUCCCAACAUCGGCUUAAUUCUCAGGAAAAUGGAGCUGCUAAAGCGGAAGGAAAGCCUAGUAAGUCGCAAAUAAAGGAGGUCAGCAAAGAAGAAAAACAAAGCCUCAAAGCAUGCACUGGAGACCAAUCUGGGGAUCUUUCCGAAUGCAAAGAUAGGAUCGAGGCUGAAGUGAGUGUUGACCAGACCAAAGAACCAGUCCUCAGUGCAGCUCCUGCUCCUGAGAUCAUGCCUCAAGAAGUUACCAUUGCAGCUCCUGCCCCUGAUAUCAUGCCUCAAGAAGUUACCAUUGGAGUUUAAACAACAUAUUUCUGAUACAUUACAUUGUGUUCAUAUCAUUUUAAGUUCCAUGUUGUGACCUGUGAAUAUAGCAAUUAUGGGAUCCUCAUUUAAAGUCAUAUAUUGGUAAUAUAUAAUCGACAGGUUUAUGUAGCUUGUGUGUGAUUUUUAGGUGAUAUUGUCUCUGUAGAUAUUUGAUGUUAAUGCUGUCUUCAGUAGAGCUUAUAUGG